AGAACUUAAAUCGCAGGUUUAAAGAUGGGUAAAAUAAUUCUGGAGUAUUUGGAUGGAAAUCGAAUUUAUGUAUGCACAAAAUGCCAUAUACAUUUAUCAAAUUACCAGAGUAGAAUAUCGAAGGUAAGAUUAAAAAAUGAAUUCUAGAAUUUCAGAGGUGGAACUGGUUAGGCAUUCUUGUUUUAGAAGGGGUACUUUAUUUGAAUAAUAAAGUAUCAAUUAUCAUGUUGGAGCUCCUGAGGACAAGGAUUUGAUGACUGGAAAACAUACAGUGCAAGAUCUGAUUUGCAAUGGUUGUAACUAGGUGAUUGGGUGGAAAUAUGUAUUGAUGAUUGAAUUAAUUGUCAUUUAGAUCAAGGCACAUCGAGAAUCGGAGAAAUACAAGGAGGGGAAGAUAAUUAUAGAGAGACAUUACAUAAAAAGAAUUAAAUGGAACUGAAUCUAUCUAUAUAUAUAAUAUAUAUUAU